GUCCAGCUAUCGUCUUUGCUCACCACUCUCCUGUCAACUACAAGCCGACCUUGCUUUUGAUCGUCAUCCAUUCAACCAUGUCGAGCACUUGUCUGAGGUUCGACGGCCGCGUCGCUAUCGUGACCGGCUCCGGUCGAGGUUUGGGGCGCGAAUAUGCUCUCCUGCUGGGCCGUGCUGGCGCUGCUGUGAUUGUGAACAGCACUACCGCAGCAACAGCAGAGGCCACAGCCAAAUCAAUUAUCGAGGCGGGCGGGAAGGCCGUCACCCAUAUUGGAAGCGUUGCAGACCGCGGAGUUGCAAAUGCGCUAGUGAAAACUGCAGUCGAUAAUUUCGGACGCAUUGAUAUCGUCAUCAACAACGCCGGGAGCGCCCAUGGUUCCGACUUUGAUCGCAUUUCAGACUCUCAGCUUUGGGACAUGCUGGGCGUUCACUUGGGAGGAUCUUGGAACGUCACGCAAGCAGCCUGGCCAUACAUGAAAAGCCAGAAGUUCGGUCGCGUUGUAUUGAUCACGUCUCCGAUUAUGUUUGGGAGCGCUCAGCAAUCAGCCUACGGGGCGGCUAAGCUUGGCGUUCUGGGUCUGGCCAAGUGUAUCGCGAUUGAAGGAAAGGAGCACAACAUUUUUGUGAACACUGUUGCUCCGAUGGCUUUCACGCCCGGCUCAGCAACGACUGUUCAAGAUGAGGGAACACGAAACUUUAUGAUGGAACACAUGCCCGCCCACGAAGUCGCCCCUACAGUGGCGUGGUUGGUCCAUGAGGAUUCGAAGGUCAACGGCGAGGCUGUUGCCGCUGCUGGAAGGCUGGUCACGCGGAUCUUCUUGGCCGAGACGAAGGGGUUCUUCGGCUCUGUGAACGAUGACUGGACGAUUGAAACCAUAAGAAGUAACUGGGACAAGGUGGUGGAUGAGAAAGAUUACGCGGUCCAUACUGAUAUAGCCCAGUUCGCGCCCAAGGUUUUCCAGCGACUUGCUGCAGGCCAAUAGUUAUCUCAGAGAUCAGUUUGCCAAGGCGAUGGUGGCAUUGUGGUCAGUCAUGGCGGACCAUACAUAUUGAAUUAUAUCAUGUUUUCAUGCUGCGUUCGCUUUGUUUUGUAAAAUG